AUGUCGAGCCAGGACUUGCCGGGGCUCAUGCCCAUCCUCCCAGCUGAGAUGCCGUGGCUGUUCCCCAAAGUAAACUUCCGCCUAUUCAAGAUAGAAGCAGGCGAGAUUGGGUUUGAUGAAUCCUCCUGUGGGACCCCCUCGGACUUCAUGGCCAUGGUGCAGCGGGACCAGACAGCUGCCGCUCACCUGCUGGACGCCCUGGCUGCGCAAGGCGUGGCAGGAGGGCGUGACGAGCCGUCAGGAGGGCGUGACGAACCUUCCUCGGCAUCCACCCUGCUCGUCGACAUGUAUGAUGAGUGCAUCGCCGCACUGUGCGACAGCCCGCUGACCGUGGGGGCGCUGGAGGUCAUGCACAGCCAGGUGAGCUGCCGCAAGCUCAGCCUGGACUUGACCUCCGGUUUCGUCAACCAUGCCAUUCUUUGCUUGGAGGAGGAGGAGCAGGAGGUGAGUGGCGGGUGGCAUGGUGUGCCUAUAGGGGAUCUGUUCAUCAUCUUCGUGCUCAAGGUGCUGGAGAGCUACAACUACUUCUCCCUGUCGCGCAUCUUUGUGCUGUACCUCACCGAGAACUUUGGGGUGGAUGACCUGACAGCUGGGACCCUGUAUGGGCUGUGGGGCACCCUCCUGGUCCUCUACGGCUUCAUCCUGGGUGGGGCUAUCGACUUCCUGGGCGUCAAGCGCUCCCUCGUCCUGUGCUUCGUCCUCAACAUCACCAGCCGCCUGGUCAUGGCCUCCACGUCGUCCCGCUUGGUGUUGCUAAUGGCUCUGCUGGGCCCAAACACGGUGGCGGGGUCGCUGGGCGUGCCGGUGAUGACCAUCGGCGUGAAGCGCUACACCCACUCCGGCAACCGCGGCUUCGCGUUCUCCCUCUUCUACACGCUGAUGAACGUGGCGGCGCUGACACAGGGUGUGCUCAUGGACUUUUUCCGCAUCAGGUGGAAGCACGGGUUUGACGUGCCGGCGUUUGCGGAUCGUUCCCUGCUGAACAGCGGCAACAGGCUCUUCCUUGCAUCCGGGUGCGUGACCUCAAUGGUGGGGCUCUGGCUCACCUUCCUGUUGUCGGACCCGGCUGCGGAUGACGACGCGGCGGUGUACGCCCGGGUACCAGCUGUGCUCGAGGCGGAGGCUGGCCUGGCACAGGCUGGGCGUGGCGAGCGCCCUCGCAGCGUCGAGCCGGCUGCCAAGGAUGCGCCGUCUGCGCCGUCAGAGUCCAAGUGGCAGAAGCUGGUGACAGCUGCAGGGAACGUGGCAUUGUCCAGGGAGUUCAUCAAGUACAUUGUCAUGUGUGUCAUCACAGUGAACCUCAAGUCGGUCUUCAAGUACCUGGACGCCAUGCUACCCAAGUAUCAGCUGCGGGCCUUUGGGUGCGAUGCUCCCAUCGGCAUGAUAUACUCCAUCAAUCCCUUCACCAUUGUUUUCCUGGUUCCUAUCAUUGGGGCCAUGACCACAGGCUUCCAGCACUUUGACAUGAUCCACUUUGGCAGCUACCUGUCUGCGCUGUCCCCCUUCUGGCUGGUCAUCUGGCCCGCCGAGUGGGCUGCGGCCAUGUUUGUGCUGACCCUGUCCCUCGGCGAGGCGGUGUGGAGCCCGCGCUGGUACGACUACUCCAUGGGCGUGGCGCCGGAUGGAAAGGAGGGCAUGUUCACCGCGCUGGCGUCGGCGCCCCUCUUCGCCGCCAUGCUCCCCACCGGCAUGCUCUCCGGCUACCUGCUGGACCGCUUCUGCCCUGACAAUGGGCAGUGCAGCGACGUGUCGGCCGGACGGAGCCUGCUCACACAUGCUCAAGCCACAGCUCCGAGCCCCUCGCUCGGUGGCGGGGAGUGCCGGGGCCCCAUCAUGUGGACCACGGUGGCCCUGCUCACCCUCACGUCCCCACUCCUCAUCCUCGUGACCCAGAAAUGGAUACGACCCGCUCCCAGCGCGGACAAGGUCCAGGACCGAACCCCUGGGCUGGGGACGGGUGUGGACUUCAACGAGGCCGACCCUCUCUUGGUGGUGGACAACCUGUAUCAGAGCGCGGCCAUGCCGCGCCACAGCGAGGGACGCUGA